AGGUGGCAGAAUGUCAUCCAUUCCAUACACAGUGAUUUUCACUGUUGUUGUGUGUUUGGGCGGAGUAGAAAGCCAGCAAUACGUGCAAUUAUUAUUUCGGCCACUGUUAUUUUAGAAAUAUUCUGAAAUUACGUGACCCGGAAGUGCCUUUUUAGACGUGGGUACAGGAGGUGGUAACGAGUGGUAAUGAAGAGAACCAACAUUUAACUUCAAAUAGCGUUGUUAUCAAAUUUCUAACAAAAAUAUAGCGUACACCAUAUUCUAAGGAACAUCAAGUUCAAGAUAACUUUUUCCCCGAUUUGGCUAAUGUUAGCCUUUUAGCUGGCUAGCUACAAUGUAUUUGUAAAGGCCUUUUAAUGCCGGACUGUUUUGCCAUUAACUGCCUUGCCUCUGUUGUCACAACAGCACGACAAUGAGUAGAGGAAGGAAAACUUUGUCGGAUGAAAUUGAGAAGAGUUUAUUUUCUCUAACUGAGGACAACUUACACCACCUGUGUGAAUGUAGUGAAAUAGCUGGCGAAGAUGUAGGAAAAGACAGCCGGCGCUCACUGCGGCGCAUAGUCCUGGAAGCGUUUUGGGAAAAAGUGGAUUCAGUGGCAUCUGAGGAGCGGGAGUUGUCUUGGUUACUUCAGCUGAAAGAGGACAUCAGAAGGAUACAGGAGGAAGAGCCUGCGGGUCCCAACCAACCCGACAACGAUGCUGCGGAUGUGGAUGGAGAUGUGUUGCUCGGCAACGUGCUGGAGGCAGACCCAGCUCCAGAAGGCCACAGACCAGAGCAGAGGGAGAAGAGCGAGGUUGGGCCCAUUCAUCUUACCACUCCUGCUAGGGGCCCAAUGCCUGGGCCAGAGGGGCCGUCUGGAUCCCUGAGGUUGACUGGAAAAACUGAAGUAGCGGGCGAGGCACCGGACGGAGGUACGACUAGUCCAAGAGAGCGACGUGGCCAAUGUGGAAUGUCUGAGAACCUUCAGCAACAGCAGCAAAAUGCUGAUGCCCCAGACACCAGUCUCUCCAAAUCCAAACAAACUGAUAAACAACUGCAGAGACCUAAAGGACGGGCAACUGACCAUUGCUGCACUCAAUGUGAAAAGAGUUUUACUCGUCAUGUGCAACUGAAAAUUCACCAGAGAAUGCAUACAGGAGAGAAACCUUACUGCUGCUCGCAAUGUGGGAAAUCUUUCAAUCAAAAAGAACUUUAUCACCUCUGAAGUUUAUCACCUGGAAUUUUGGCCAAAGAUCUUUCUUGAAACCUCACACAAAAUCUGUUUUAAUACGUUCAGUUUGAUUCCUGUAAUUAUUUCAAAGAACAUUGUUUCGAAACUAGGUGUAAAAUGGUAUUCACAAGGCAGGAGAUGUUUGAGAAAGUAAGGAAUCUCCAGAGCGUGAUGUACAAACAUAGGCACUCAGCAUCCAGUAAAUAAUUCUAAUUUGGCAGCAUACUAUAAGAUAGACAGGCAGUCUUAAAAGCAGUGGAGGAUGACAUGGUUGACUCAGUUGAGGUUGGUUAUGUUUAGAGAGAAAAUGACAGUAUGUUCAGACUGCUGAUUUGAAACCAUUGCCAUUAAUCUGACCCCUGCCAUAAAUAAAUGAUAAAAUAAACAGAAUGUUACAGCUCAACUUUGUCUAGUUAUAUCCCUUUUGUAGAUAAUCAUUAUGAAAUAUCUGAAAUAGGUGGCUCAAGAACUCAUUUAUUUACUGAUGAAUUCAGCAAAAGCGCUUUCAAACUUGGAAUUUUAUGCCUGAUUGAGGUAUGAUAGUACUUGUACUUACAGAUUAUGAGGUACAAUAGUAAUUGUAUUUACAGAUUAUGAAGUACAAUAGUAAUUGUACUUAGAUUCUACACAUACAGUGCCAUUACAGUGUCACUUUCUCCCCAUUAUGUUGGGUUACAGACUUAGCUAAAACACUUUUUUAGAAAUGUGGCAAUUUAUUGUACAUAUGUAUUCAAACACUUUAUUCAGUACUUUUUAGAAGCAAACUUUGGCAGCAAUAACAGCUUGGCAUCUUGGGUAUGCCCCUAAAAGCUUUGCACACCUGCAUUUUGGCAGUUUUUCUCAUUUUCUUUGCAAAGCUCUGUCAGGUUGAACUAUAAUCUUAAAUCCUUCUCACAGAUGUUGAAUAGAGAUCUGUUCUGGACUUUGGGUGAGCCACUCAAUGACAUUCAUAGACUGGUCAAAAAGCCACUUCAGUGUUGUCAUAUCUGUGUGCUUUGGGUUGUUGUCUUGCAGAAAGAUUAGGAACUUGUACGCAUUGUAAAAGCCAGGUGAUGAGAUGUACCUUGUCUUCACCAGUUGUUGUGCUUGGCAUUAAGGCCAAAUACUUAGAUUUUGAGCUAAUCUGACCUGGGAAUCUUUCCUAAUGCUCUCAGGGUGCUUGCGGCAGAUGUCACAUACCUUUUACUAAGGAGUCGCUUCGGUCUAGCCACUCCACCAUAAAGACUUAAUUGAUGGAGUGCUGCAGAGAUUAUCAUCUUUCUGGCAGGUAGUCCCAUCUCUGCCAAGGAACCCUGAAUCUCUUAGUGACCACUAGGUUUUUGGUCAGCUCCCUGACCCAGUUACUUCUUGUUGAUUAACUUAGUAGGGCCAACACUAGGAAGAGUGUUGGUGGUUCCAACCUUCCAUUUGAGAAUGAUGGCGGCCACUGUGUUCUUAGGGACCUUCAAUGUUACAGAAAUUAUUUGGUUCCCUUCCCCAGAAUCCGGUCUUUCACCUGUGGACUUCAUAUAGACAGGUAUAUGGCUUCCCAAAUCAUGUCCAAUCAAUUGAAUUUACCACAGGUGGACUCCAGUCAAGUUUUUUUUAGUUACAUUUUGAGUGUCAUAGCAAAGCAUCUGCAUACCGGAGCACAUAGAUCAAUGUAAAUGUGAGAUUUCGGUUUACAUUUUUUAUUUGACUUAGAAACAUGGUUUUGCGUAGUCAUUUAUGGGGUAUAAUGUAUUGAUUGAUUAGGGAAAAGAAACAAUUUGACCAAUUUUAGACUAAACCUGGAACCAAAUGUGGAAAAUGGAAAGGGGUCUGAAUACUUUCUGAAUACCCUGUAGAUAUCUAUAGAUGUAUGUUUUGCCUAGCAAAAAUUCCACAGUCUGAAAGGAAGUGAAUGUUGGCCAACACGUUUAAUCAAUGCAAAACAAUUCCAUAUUUUAUGCAACACAGACAAAUGCUUCCCUUUUUCAUUCAGCAGCUUCUUUUCCCUGUAACAACAAAGUGAGACAUUUUUUUUAUGAGGAAUAAUGCUAAAAACUUCAUAUAGUAAACUAAGAUAACCUUAAAACCCCUAACUGAGUAGAAAAAGUCACCAUUGUGAUCACAUUCUGAACAUG